AUGGCAACUCGACCACGUUUAUUUGCCCGUACAUGUGAAGUAAAUCAUAACUUCGUCCAGACAUCGUCACCAAAAAAGUCUAUUAUUCUACUACUGGAUAUAUUUUCAGAUGUUGUGCAUUUACGUCACAAACUCGACCAUCUUUCCAACUGUCACUAUUUUCAAGCAUAUACUACAGAUCAUUGUUUAGAUUUAAUCAAUCAGGAUGAUAUUAAAGAUGGUUUAGUUUUGCUUAUUAUUUCAACUCCAUUUGUUGACUUUGAUUUCGAUACCUUGUUAGAAAUUAUGCCACAAUUGUCAUAUAUUUAUUUAUUUAAUAUAACUCCAUACAAUCAAAACUCAGUUCGUGAUCUACGAUUUCGUGGUAUAUUCGAUAAUGUUCAAUUAUUAACUGAGCAAAUACGUCAGGAUAUUGAAAACUUUGAAUAUUCCACUUAUAAAAGCGCAGACAUUCAAUAUAUACUUGGAGAUAGUGCAGCGUUUUUUUGGUAUCGAUUCUUCUUUAAUAUUCUAGACCAUUUAAAACAUACUGAUAUCGCAAAAAAUGAAAUGAUUAGUCGAGUUCGUGCUAUUUAUGAAGAUAAUAUGUGUAGAUUGGAAGAAAUUGGUCUUUUUGAGAAUGCAUAUUACUCUGAUGAUGUUAUCAAUUGGUAUACUACAGAAAGCUUCUUCUAUCGUGGACUUAAUACAGCAUUACGUAGUUAUGAUAUCAAUGAAAUAUUUUUAUGGCGAUUUUAUAUUAGUGAUCUUGAUAGAAACCUUCGAAAACUAUGCUCAAAACAAAUGGAUUCUCAGUCAAAGUGUGUGUUUCGAGGUCAACGGUUGUAUACAUAUGAUUUACGUAAGCUAGCAACGAGUGUAGGUAAGUUAAUUGCAAUGACUUCUUUUCUAUCUACAACUUCGGACUACCAUCUUGCGAAAAUCUUUGCUGGAAAUACUCCAGUUGAUUCUCCUGUACAAUCAGUUAUCUACAAGAUAUUUAUUGCAUCAAACACCAAUAAAAUAGUAUGUGCCGAUAUCUCGGAGUUAAGUGUGUGCAAAGAGGAAGAUGAACAUCUAUUUUCAAUACGAUCACUGUUUCGUAUUGAACGAGUUGAAUAUUCUGAUAAUAUAUGGUGUAUUGAUUUAACAGCUGUAGAUGAAGAUGAUCAACAAUUUUGUACAGUAAUCAAUCCUUGGAAAGCAAAAAUUAGUGAACAGAGUUUUUUUUCUGAACGUCAUGAGCCAUUAUUUACUCGAUUUUUAAUCGAUCAAAAUAGUUCUUUUCUAGCUUUUCAACUACUUACGGAUAUAAUGUUACGACUUCAUCAAACUGACUUUGCUCGACAAGAAAUGAUUGAAAUGUGUCGAUUGAAAUAUGGAAAUAGCUUAACUGAUUUAGAGAAAAUCAAUGAAUUUGAAAGAUCCUAUCAACAUAGUCAUGCCAUAGAAUGGUAUACAACAAAUUCUUUUCUUUAUCAACUUCUUCAUCAAGCACUGUGGAUGGAAGAUAUUGAUACGAUUUUUAAACUACGCUAA